AUGAACUCUGCGGUCCAGCCCUCGACCGACGACGAAAGCGAGAUCGUCGUCUCCGUCGACUGCACCGACGCGUCAUCCCCACGCCCGCCAACGCCAGCACCAGACGCAACGCGCAAAGUAUACUGCCAAGGUGACGACUGCCGAGCGAAGUUGCACCAAGAUGCGCUCGACCCAACCUCAGCGAUGCACGUCGAGGGUUCGGUUGAUAUCUACUGUCCAAGCUGCUUUAGCAAGCUUCCAGGCAAGCCAGAGCCAUCCCCCGUUCGCCAAUUGCCCGUCGUGUCGUCCUUCAAAAACCCGAAGUGCGAUGGCAAGCUCGACAAGUACAAGGCCAUCAUGGAAGAUUCGCACGUGCAUCUCGUCUAUCUCGCCAUAGUCGUCAUUUUUUGGCCACUCGCGUGGGGCUACUUUUGUACCAAGCUCCAACACUACCCGCUGCCCGAGCCGUCGUACACUGCCACGUGGCGAGAUCGAUUGCACUGGAUCAUGGCUGCUGUCUCGCACCUCCAGUGCUUCUGCUGCUGUGCCUACAUCUGGUUCAUCUUUGUCGUCAUCUAUCAGAGCUGCGAGUAUGCCGCACAAGCGUGGUUCUGGGUCCUUCUUGAAUUCUACACGCUCUACUUUCUCCUGCUCAACGUCAUCUACGUCGCGACCCCCAUCGUGCCUGCAAAGCCGUUACGCGAUGCCAAACAAAUCGUCCGCGCGAUGUGGGCCACGCACCGCACGCGGCAGAUCAACAACCGCUGGCAUCUAAUGCUUCGACGCAGGACGACCAAAACCCCCUUGCUCAGUUCUCAAAAGUACCACCCCCUCGUCGUCGCGGUGAACAUCUGGCUCAUGCUCUCGUGGGUCACGCACGCGUGGCCAUCUCGCAACUUUGGGAUCCCGAUCGAGACGUUGAUCCAGCUGCCCGCCAACGUUCGCUACAACGUGGUUGGUACCAUGACCGAUAUCUGUCAACCGAACGAUGAUGGAACGUUCCGCGCAGUGUGGAACUUGGCCUUGACGCCGACGCCAAGUGUCAUGAACGGGCUUCCGACAAUCGAGCUGAGCUUUGCGACAAGGCUCCUCGACCCAGUGUAUUUCACAGAUCUCGCCGUUGGAACGCUUUGGCUCGUGGCGCAGGACACGUACUCGAUGGCGGUGCGCCCGGCCGUGAACCAACACAUUAUGACGAUCCAGGCGUCCUUUGGCAACGUCUCGAGCUGUGACGACGUCGCCAAUCUGCUAGUCCUUCAUUCAACGACGUAUUCGCAAAAAUCACUUCAAGACCGUCUGGAGGCCGCACCACGAGGCCUAGCACUGCUGCCCACAUUUCUUCUGGCGAAAUACUGCUUCCAGAUGCUCGUGGUGGCUGGCAUUGUCGGGUACUCGUCGCUCCAGAUUUUGUCGCUCUGGCUGCAAUUUGACGCGCUCACUAAAAAGGUGGAUCUGACGCUGCACCAGAACCUGGAUGUGUGGUACCGUCUUCGCAAUCGCGUGUUCAAGGUCGUCACCUUCUAUACGCAGUUUGUGACGUCGCUCAUGUCGAUAGCGCUCGUUCAGCUCACGGUCGCCAUCAGUGGCCUUGUCAUCUACUGCCUCAGCGGCGUCGCGCCACUGCCCGGGUACUAUCUUUUGAUUCUAACAAUGGUCGGAUCGCUCUCGACGCUGGUGUUUCUCCUGCCAUUGGCCAAUGCGCUCGACAUUCAAGCCAGUCACGAGGCGAUGCUUCACGCCUUGACCGACUAAGCUUGAUGUCGUGCUUGUCGCGGCUCAUUCAGCUGGUCGGUCCUAACGACGACCGCAUUUGCUUUUGGGGCGUCGAGCUCUCGUUGGCUCGGCUCUUUGGACUCACGUUUUCGAUUG